AUGGCUAGCGCGCAGGCUAUGGAAGAAGAGCUCCAGCAGAGCGUGCUAGUCUCCGAGGAAGGCGACUACCAAAGUAGCGAGGGCGGGGGGCAGGCGGCUUCCCUGCUCUCUAGCUCGCAUAAGAACGACAAUGACAGUCCAAUGUUUGAAAGUGAAGAUGAAGAGUUGAGCGACAAAGACGCCUCUGGCGAAGAGCUGGACCAAGACGUCUCUGGCGAAGAGCUGGACCAAGAUGCCUCUGGCGAAGACGACAACGAUGCGCUUGACCAACAAAUCGUUGUAGGAAGUGCCGCCGCCGGUGACGCGGGGGAGUAUGACGAGGACGCAGAGGGAGAUGAAGAUUUGAGCGAAGGAGCCGGUGCAGUAAAAGAUCGGCCUGUCGAGUCCAAGGGUGACGACAUGGAGAGCGUUUCCUCUGAAGCGUCACUCGCCGAGGAUGACGAGGAUAACGAGGAAUCCGAUGAAAGAGACGAAGACGAAGCUGCCUGGAAGAAUGGCGAUGCCGCAGAUGAGGACGAGGAUACAGACGCCGCCCAAGCCAGCACGUGCAUGUUUUGCAAGCAGGAUGAGGAAAAUGACCCCAGCGAAGACUUUGAGGCUUUUCUCGUCUGCGUACGAUGUGGCGAGAAUGCGCAUCAACAAUGCGCACGAGACGCCGCCGCAAUGACGGAAGAAAAUGGCGUCAAAAGAUGGAAUUGCCCUGAAUGCAAAGGCGGCGGCGAAUCCGAAAGUGAAGCAGACGAGGAUGCUGAUAUCACUGAAGGCGUCAGCGAUGAGGAAGACGGAAAGCCUGCAUUUCACACAUCACAGCAGGAGGAAGCCGCCGGCGAAGUCGUCGGAGGACAGCUUUCAAACGGGAGCUUGAAUGACGGCUCAGAGGUUGACGACGAUCUGGCUCUUGAUGAUUUUCCCGCGCUUACACCCCGGCCACCACGAAAGCGCAAGUCGGCAUCGGGCGAGCCUGAUGACACUGUCUCAGCAACGAGGAAGCGGCGAAGAAAAAAGUCUACUGAUUUGACGCAUCAUGAAAGAUUAGCCCGGGACAGCCGUUCGGCCGAGCCCUCUCGAGGUGCGGCAGCGGCAGCGGCAGCGGCAGCGGCUGCAGCUGCCGCUGCCGCUGCCGCCGCCGCUUCUAGAACCAUGCGGCUGAAAGCCUCGCGCCAGUCACAAGUCACUGUCGAAAGGCGAUCACGCACGUCUCUGGUGCUGAGAAUGCUUGUACGACCUGGGAACUUGAAGGAGAUUCUAUCAAGGAAAAAACGGACCCGACGGCGUGCUGGCGGCGGAAGCAAUGCCCGACCGCAGCAGCCACGAGCCACGCCAGCGCGGCCUCGGCCAGCCGCAGUGCCCGCACUGAUUUCUACGAUGCCUACCCCGUUCACGUCGGAGUCAUACUCGCAACCUUUCUACUCAUUCUUUGAUAAGGAGACGGAAGAGAUGAAGGGUAGACCUUAUGGUGGCAUCUUGACAGAAACCGAGGCGGACACGUCAAAGACGCUCCCGACUUCGGAAGACCGCAAGAAGUUCGAAGAGGCCAAGCAAAAAGCCGAGGAUGAAUGGAGGGCCAGGGUCCUGGCGCUGCAAGCCGAGGCCGACUUGCCUGUGCGGAAGCCCAAGAAAGCGAGCGACAACGCCAGCCAGAUUGAGUGCAUAGAGUUUGCCGGCUGGGAGAUUGACACGUGGUAUGCGGCUCCGUAUCCGGCCGAGUACAGCAGGAAUCGGGUGCUUUACAUUUGCGAGUUUUGCCUCAAGUACAUGAACUCGGAUUAUGUAGCAUGGCGCCACAAAUUGAAGUGCGGCACCAAGCAUCCACCGGGGGACGAGAUCUACCGCCACGAGUCCAUUUCCAUCUUUGAAGUGGAUGGCCGCAAGCAUCCGGUCUACUGCCAGAACCUCUGUCUUCUCGCAAAGCUGUUUCUCGGCUCAAAAACGCUGUACUACGACGUAGAACCGUUCCUGUUCUACGUGCUCUGCGAGUUCGACUCGACAGGCUAUCAUUUCGUCGGCUACUUCUCCAAGGAAAAGCGAGCCAGCAGCCAAAACAACGUUUCAUGCAUCCUGACGCUACCGAUCCAUCAGCGAAAGGGCUACGGAAACCUGCUCAUUGACUUCUCCUACCUCCUCACCAGGGUGGAGAGGAAGACGGGAUCGCCGGAGAAGCCGCUCUCGGACCUGGGAUUGGUGUCGUAUCGAAACUAUUGGCGGCUCGAGCUGUGCCGAUACUUUCUAGACUACAUGGACGACGGGAAGCGCAGGCGGGAGGGUCUCAGCAUCAGCAAGAUCUCCGAAGACACGGGCAUGACAGCCGACGACGUCGUCUCUGCUCUCGAAGGGAUGAGAGCGCUGGUCCGGGAUGCCCAAACACGGCUGUAUGCGUUCCGCGUCGACCUGGAUUACUGCCACAGUUACGUCUCCAAGUGGGAGUCCAAGGGCUACUACCAGCUGAAAGCCUCUGCGCUUGCCUGGACGCCGUACGUCACGGGCCGAAACAACAUGGUCAACUUUGAGCUCGGCCAUCCACUCAACACCAUUGCGCCUAGAGAGGACGAUGAGGCCAAGGUCCAGGAAGGCCACUCGCUGACCUGCGGAAACAAUGGCGGCAGCAGCUCCACCAACGGCGCUUCCCAUGGUGCUUCCAGUAAAGCCGACUCGCAGCCGCAAUCGCCUCGGCAGGACCAAGGCCAGCAGGGAAGCAACCAGCAGGGAAGCAACCAGCAGGACAGCAACCAGCAGGACAGCAACCAGCAGGACAGCAACCAGCAGGACCUGAACCGACAGGACAACAACCAGGAUAACCCACAGGCUCUGGAGCCGGUCCAUUCGGUUGAAAAAACAGGAUUGGACGGCAAGGAGAACGCGGAGCCAGCAGAGGAAAGCACGGAGGAUGCGGCCGGAAGAACAGACGCCGAGGAGGUCGGCGCGUGGAUGAUGCCGUACAAGAACAUACCUCCGUCCCGAUUCGAAAUCUUCCCGCCGAUACCGGGGAGCCGGCGGUAUGAUCGAAACCGCAUCAGCAUCAACAGGCCAUCAGCGGCUCGAACCCCCAGCGGCUCAUCAACACGGCCCAAGUCAAGGCCACCCGCCGCCGGUGGAGGUGGUGGUGGUGGCAGUGGCGCCGGCGCCGGCGGCGCGAGCAAGCCUCGACAGCGCAACGCCAACACGCGACGGAAGACCGGCGGCACUGGUCGCGGACCGGGGCGAUGGCCGAAAGGAACCAAGAAAUCCGACUAUGGCAACGCGGACAGCGGGCCAGGGCUGCCCCCGGGGUGGAAGGAGAAGCAGGCUCGGCUGCAGCUGUUGGCUGAGGGAGGCGGCGACGGCGGCGGCGGCACGCGGCUCGCGGCUGUGGAGGAGAAGCCGGCGCAAGACGAGGUUCGGGUGCUUGUCAGUGCAGUCAAGGACCAAGACAAAGGGGAGAAUGGCCAGGGCGCAGGUUUGGAUGCCAGAUCAGCAGAGUCUGGAUCCGAGGCCGAGGCAGCAAGUGGCGGCGGCGGCGGCGGCGGCGGCGGCUCAAACGAUGCGCACGUCGGUGCAGACACCGGAGGGGGGUAA